AUGCCUCUGGGUGUGGUCAAAGUUGAGGAUAUCUCUUGCUCGCGAAGGAGCCCUCAUAACCUUUUCCCGCCCUGCAGUCCGAUGUUUAAACUCACGAAAUUAACCGUCCUCCUCGUUGCCUCACUUAUUGUGGCACCUGUCCUACUCACCGCCCAAAUCGUCGCUCCACCACCGGGGUUCAAUAUCACGAGCCUCGAGUUCCCAGGAGCGGGCUGUCCACUUGGCUCGGCAUAUUAUCUCCUUAGUGCCGACAAGAGCGCUCUUACGGUCGCCUACAGCCAAUAUUGGGUAGAGAGUGGGUCAGGCAUUCCCAUCAGUGUCAAUCGCAAGAAUUGUCAAUUGGCCUUUGGCAUUGCCGUGCCCAGCGGAUUCACUUUUGGCAUUUCAACGGUCGAUAAUCGCAGCUACUACUUCCUCGACUCCGGAGUAACCGCUGCUCAGAUAUCUAUUUAUUAUUUCCCCGGUUCAUUUGUACCAGCUACCGCUCGAUACAAUAUCACAGGACCUAUGGCAGAGAAGGACUACAGUCGUCGCGACGCCUUCGAUUUCGGCUCCUCUGUUUACAGUUUCUGCGGUGUACCAAGUACUCUCUAUGUCAUGAGCGACAUACGUGUCAAUAACACCGCUAACACUGAAGGAAGUGGAUACGUUGGCACAGACCCCCUCAAGAUUGACACUUUCUUCGAGCAGACCUUCAAUCUCCAAUGGCAGAGGUGUUGA